CACAACAGUCCUCUCUAACAAAUGAAAGGAUGGGGGGCAUCAGCAGCAGCUGAGUUUUCACAAACUGGAUCAGGGGCCGAGGGGAGAGACCCGCUUUCUGCUCACUCUUGGGACACUUUUGUUGGAUUUAUCCCGCGGUCAACAUGCCGUUUGCCAAACGAGUCGUGGAGCCUCAGUUACUCUGCAGGCAUCAGAUCCCGAACGAGGACGGUCUGCUCUUCGAGGAUCUGGUCUCCAUCAGUAACGUGGCUCUGUCCCGGACCCUGAGGCAGCUAUCGGAUCUGGCCAAACACGCCUGCUCCAUAUUCCAGGAGCUGGAGAGCGACCUCACCUCCACCAGCCUGCGGGUCCGGGGUCUGCAGAGCAAGAUCAGCCAGCUCCAGCAGACCUGCUCCGAGCUGGACCCCAAACAGGAGGCAGUGCCGGUAUCAAACCUGGAUGUGGAGAGUAAGCUGACGGCACAUUACCAAGCUCCCUGGCACCAGCAGAGGAACGUGUUCCACCCCUCCACACGGCCAGCAUGUGUAGUCGACCUCCACAGGCAAGCCAACCUCAGCCUGUGGGCCCUGCACCGAGAUCACCUGAGGAGACGAUCCGGCAGCAGGGAGCGGAGAGUAACCAUCUCGAUCUCUGCGGUGCCCCCCAUGCCCAUGUACCCCUCCCCAAAUAUCGCCCAGAGGAAAGAAACGAGGAGCUCCAAUCUGACAACGUUUGAAUCCACCCGCUCCUCCUCCCCCACCGAAUGUUGCCGAUUCUCUCCCUGGAGCAGAAAGGCUGCGCCCUCUGACCCCGACACUGACGGGGUGGCUUUAGGUCACCGGCCUAAGUUUCCUAUCCCUAACAUCCCCUCCACCCUGGACAAGCAGACUAACUGGUCUAAAGCGCUGCCGCUGCCCACCCCAGAGGAAAGAAUGAAAACCAAUUCACAAGUCAUCACCUCAUGUGUCAUCCCCAUUAAUGUGACCGGCGUUGGCUUUGACAGAGAUGCUAGUGUGCGCUGCUCGCUCGUCCACUCGCAGUCUGUGCUUCAGAGGAGGAGGAAGCUGAGGAGACGGAGGACUGUCGCCGGCGUCCCCCGACAGGUGCAGCAGGAUUUAGAUUCUGACGACUCUCCUGGUUCCAGAGAGCGGACGGUGAUCGUUCACGCCAGCUCCAGCAUCACUCCCUCCAACGAGGAGCUGGCGAGCCAUCUCAGCACCAGAGACUCAGGUUGUCAGACAGAAGACUUUUUGAUCUCAGGAGCGCCGUCUCGGAGGAGGAUCAGGGCCCAGAGAGGCCAGGGAGUCGCCCUCUCCCUUUCCUACUCUGCAGGCAACAUCUUGUGUCUGUCGGACAGCGCGGACGCCAUGUUCUCCGCCUCCGUGGGCGCGCACCUGCGCUCCCGGAGUCUGCCCCGAGACAGCAGCCGGAUGAUAGACAACAGGCACAAUGACAGCGACGAUGAGGAGGAGCUGUCCCCCUUUAACACUGAGGACUACCUGCCUGGUCCUGGAGAGCUGAUUCUGAAGGAUGAGGAGGAGAGCACGGACGACCAGGCCGUGUCCGAGCACCCGCUGGGUCUGAAGUACAAGCAGCUGUCAGAGAGUCCGGAGCGCAGCUGGAUGGAGCGGACCAGAUCCCAGCUGCCCAGGAAGGUCGACAUGGGCAGCUGUGAGAUCUCCUCCAGCUCGGACACCUUCAGCAGCCCCGUCCACUCCGUCUCAGCCGCAGGGGUGCUGGGAGGACAGAUGGACCAUAAGGAGGACCACCAGUCCUCAAGUGGGAACUGGAGCGGCAGCAGCUCCACUUGCCCCUCACAGACCUCAGAGACAAUCCCCCCCGCUGCCUCCCCGCCUCUGACGGGCUCCUCACACUGCGACUCUGAGCUCUCACUCAACGCCGCCACUCACGUCAACGACGACCAGACGGGCUUCAUGCUGGACCACUACCCGGGCCUCAGGACCCAGCGGGCCGGCUCCUUCUCCUCCACAGCUAUGGACAUAUUAGAGGAAGCAGGGUCCAGCACUCCCAUCGAGGGGGAGUGGAGUUACACCCACUCGGACCCUCCACGCUCGCAGGACUUCAGCCCUGAGCCGAGCAGAGAGGCCGAGAGCAGCCUGGGCUGCCCCAGCUUCACCAGCAUGGCCACGUGUGAGAGCAGCUACUCCGACAAGCUGCCGUCGGAGAAAGCCGACACCGUCUCGCACUACUCGGUAGACACUGAAGGCUACUACACCUCAAUGCACUUUGACUGUGGGAUAAAAGGCAGCAGAAGCUUCACUUAUAACUAUGCAGCCUCGGGCUCCGACUGUGGCCUGUCUGAUUUAAGUGGUCACAUGACUUUAGGGAGGCGCUGCCUCUCUUUAAGAAAACCAAAGGCGAAGCCGUGUCCGCCUAAAAGGAGUUCAUCCUUAAGAAAAAUAUGCAGUGAGGGACACAUCCCCGACAAUAAAGAACCAAAGAUUUCAUGCGGGCAGCAACUUCCACCGUCUUCCAAGGAGAGGAAACUGCAGCUGGUUUUGUCCGGCUCUCAAAGUCACGUAGAAAACUCCUCACUAGUCCGAGAGCCCCUCGUGGUCUGGGGGGAAUCAGCGGAUCUGCCUGAUUUAGGCGUGUUUAGCUCCACGGAUGCACAUUCGUUUAAAGAUGAGGGGGUCGUGCAGUCAGACUAUGCAGAUUUGUGGCUCCUGAACGAUUUAAAAUCCAGCGAUCCGUAUCGAUCUUUGUCAAACUCUAGCACGGCGACAGGCACAACUGUCAUCGAGUGUAUCAAGUCGCAGGAAAGUUCCGAGUCUCAGACGUCUCAGUCCGACUCCAGAGCCACCACCCCGUCACUGCCAUCAGCGGAGGGAGAGUUUAAGCUGAAGUCUCCAGAGAAGCUGGCAGGCCUCGCCAGCCCAUCCAGCGGCUACUCCAGUCAGUCAGAAACACCCACCUCCUCGUUCCCCUCCGCCUUCUUUCCCGGUCCGCUGUCGCCAUCCAGCGGCAAGAGGAAGCCCAAAGUCCCGGAGAGGAAGUCGUCUCUGUCGUCGCUGUCGCUGCAGUCGCUCUCCUGCAAGGAUGCCUCGAAGAGAGACCUGGAGCUGCCCGUCAUCCCUCCCUCCCACCUCGACUUAAGUGCCCUUCACAGCGUCGGCAACAAGGCUUCAGCUUACAGAACCCAGAUCCAACUCCUUCACCAAAACAAACCGAAAUCUGCAGCCAAACCUGCAGCGCCACCGACCUCAGAGGUAUUCAACGCCCAUCCCAUGACCAUCACACCCACAGUGCUGCACUCAGUGCAGCUCCGACCCGUCAGUAAGGAACAUGAAGGAAGCCACGAGGACAAAACAUCUGCCAAAUGUCCCACUGUGAGCCUAACAAGCACACUCUCCUGUAACAAAUCUGUAGAGCUCAAGAGCCCCCUGUUACACAACUCGCAUCACACGCCGCCGAAAGGGUCGUGCGAGUCCGUGUUUACCUCAAACGAAGAGCUGGCAGAUGGAGAGGCAGCAUGUCAGAGCGAAACGAGGAACAGAGAGGCUCCUCUGGAGAGCAUGACAGCGUUCACGCUGCAGUCAGAGAAAUCGUUAGACGUCCCUGAGAGGACGGCAGGACAUGAAGGAGAGACGUGCAGAGUGUUGGAAGAAACAGGUAUUUGCUCGCAGUGGGAGCCGUUAGAUCAGCAGAGGACUGAGUGGACAGAAGAAGACGACCCGGCUCUCUGGGUUCAGGAUUUUUCACCGCAGAGAUCCGACGGUCUCGAUGAAGUGCCUGCUGCCGACGGCCAAUCGGAGGUGUUGCAAGAGAGUUCAGUCAGUGAUGAAGGUGGUCAGGAGGUGGAGCAUGAGUCAUCAGGUGCUUCGGCCGAGAGUGCCUCCCAGGACGGCAAGGACGAGUCCACAGCAGAGACGGAGGAUUACUUCAGUAAAGACUCUACACCCAGUGAUAGUGCAGCGUCCCCUCAGAGUGACGAGUCGAGGCCGGAGGAUGAUGUGUUUCUGUCACCCACCAAGUCCCGGACCACGGAGGAUCUGUUCGCCAUGAUACACAGGUCCAAAAGGAAAGUGUUGGGCAGGAAGGAUUCAACUGAGUUGAAUGUGAGGAACCGGCUCGGCGCUGCAUCGGGGAACACGCCGCCCAGCAGCACUGGGAGCUCCCCGGUCUCACUGGCGUCCCCCUCCUCCGCUGUGACGCCACCCGGCCUGCACAGAGUCUCGGGGCCCAUCUACAGGAACGCAAAGAAGUCCAGCACCUCCAACGAGGAGUUCAAACUGCUGCUGCUCAAAAAGGGCAGCCGCUCAGAGUCAAGUUACCGCAUGUCAGCGACAGAGAUCCUCAAGAGCCCCAUCGCUCCUAAAUCUCCUGGAGACUCCCUGAUGGAGUCGCCCAGACAGCCCGAGGACCCCGCCUCUCCACUGCAACAACAAUCAGGACCAGAUCAGCUCCCCAGCCCGUACCCCAAAGCCAACGCUGACUGCUUCUCCCCAAAAUCCUUCCCCACGUCUUCUUCCAGGCAGGGCCGCUCCAGAAUCCCCCCGCCCGCCAACAGCAGCCGAUAUGGCAUGCGUAGCAGACUGUACUCGGCACCCAUGCAGGCCAUCUCAGAGGGCGAGACGGAGAACUCAGACGGGAGUCCUCACGACGACCGCUCAUCACAGGGCUCCACGUAGAAAACCGAGUGUCAGAAGGUAUGAAAUUAUUUUGUUAGUUUACAGUGAAAAAACAAAACGGACCAGAAUGAGUUAUAAUAUAUAUAAGAGAUGUGGUGAGGUUAAUGUAAUGUAUGCAGAACUUUAGGGAUUUUGUUUUUAAAAAAUAAUGAUAAAUUUUACUAAUUGUGGAUGAGUUUUAUAGAUGUUUACUUUUGGUUAUUCUGUGGAUACUUAAAACUGUUUUACUUGUGUUAAAAAAUGUUUUAUACACACAGUUUGUCUAAAAAAAUAUCCUCGUGAUAUGAACUCUGAAGAUGAGAAAUAUCUGCAUUCUGUAGGAAAUUAUAAUUGAUGAACAGAAAUGAGAAAAACAUCCUACAGAAAACAAAAAAUAUUAUUUGGUUAGAUUAUGGCACAUUACCUGAAGCCAUGUACACCCAACCGGUUGCCUUCUUUCAGCCACACUACACUGUAUUAAAAGAAUAGUUUUGAUUUUUUUUUUUGAAGUGGAGAUAAUUAUCCAUAGCGAGGAGAUGACAGUCGUCCCCAGUUUGGAGAAGCAGAGUCUGAGACAAAAGAUGAUCAAUGCACCGCUGUGGGAGGAGUAUGAUAAUAAUAAUAAUAAUAAUAAUAAUAAUAAUAAUAAUAAUAAUAAUAAUAAAUUUAUUUAUAUAGAACCUUUAAAAACAGAGUUUACAAAGUGCUUUGACAAACAAAACAAAGCAGAAGCGAGAGGAGUUUCUCGCAGAAGAACAUGACAAAAAGAGCCAAAAAGUAAUACGAACUAAAGCCAGACAAAACAGAGAAACACAGAAAUAAUAGUGUUAGUAAUAAUUUAAACAUGGCCGGGGCAGAAUAAAAAAUAGAUAAAUUAAAU